AUGUCAGCGCUUCCUCCUCCUCCGCCUCCGGGAUGGGGUGCUGCAGCUCCCCCGUCGAUGCCUCUCGCUCCCCCACCACCCGGAUUCCGACCCCCAGCUGACCCUUUGGUCGGGAAGUUUGCACAGAAGAAAAACGAAUGGCUCAGGACGCAACGAAACCGUUUCGGGGAGAAGAGAAAAGCCGGCUUUGUGGAAAGCCAGAAGGCGGAUCUGCCACCGGAACAUCUCCGGAAGAUUGUAAAGGAUAUAGGAGAUGUGUCUCAGAAAAAGUUCAGUACCGACAAAAGGAGCUAUUUGGGGGCAUUGAAAUUCAUGCCUCAUGCGGUCCUUAAGUUGCUGGAGAAUAUGCCAAUGCCUUGGGAAUCAGCUCGGGAAGUCAAAGUGCUCUACCAUGUAAAUGGUUGCUUGACACUGGUCAACGAGAUCCCCCGAGUUAUAGAGCCUGUUUUUCAUGCGCAAUGGGCUACCAUGUGGAUGACGAUGCGACGAGAGAAAAGUGACCGCCGGCAUUUCAAAAGAAUGCGCUUUCCUCCUUUCGAUGACGAAGAGCCACCGUUGUCGUGGUCGGAAAAUAUUGAAGAUGUUGAACCUUUAGAACCCAUUCAGAUGGAACUUGACGAAUCAGAAGAUGCUCCAGUAUAUGAGUGGUUUUACGAUCAUCGACCACUUCUCGAUACCCCCCAUGUGAAUGGCCCAAGCUACAAGGAGUGGAAUUUGACUCUUCCACAAAUGGCAACGCUAUAUCGAUUGAGCCGCCAAUUGCUCAGCGACGUGGUCGAUAAAAAUUAUUUCCAUAUGUUCGAUCUAAACAGCUUUUUAACAGCAAAAGCGCUUAACGUCGCGAUUCCUGGUGGACCCCGAUUUGAGCCGUUGUAUAAAGACGUCGACCCAAAUGAUGAAGAUUUCGGAGAAUUCAAUGCGAUCGAUCGUAUCAUCUUCAGAGCUCCAAUCCGAACGGAAUAUCGAGUCGCUUUCCCAUACCUAUACAAUUCGUUACCACGAAGUGUCAAGCUGUCUUGGUACUCCUACCCUCAGAUCGUUUAUGUCCAAUCAGACCCCAACCUGCCUGCGUUUUAUUUUGACCCAGUCAUUAAUCCGAUAUCAUCCCGUUCUGUCGCUCCAAAGAAUAUAACUGUCAGCCACGAAGAUCAUAUUUUUGGAGCUGGAAAUGACGAGGAUGAAUUUACACUUCCUGGAAAUGCUGAGCCAUUCUUGGCUGAUGAAGAGCUGUACACCAGUGAAACGGCCUCUGCAAUUGCUCUUUGGUGGGCACCAUACCCGUUUGACCGCCGCUCUGGUAAAAUGGUUCGGGCGCAGGACGUACCCCUUGUGAAACAGUGGUAUCUUGAGCACUGCCCACAGGGCCAGCCCGUGAAAGUUCGUGUAUCGUACCAAAAGCUAUUAAAAACUUACGUUCUAAACGAAUUACAUCGGAAAAAGCCUAAGGCACAAAGCAAACAGAAUCUCUUGAGGACACUGAAGGGAACCAAGUUUUUCCAACAAACAACUAUUGAUUGGGUGGAAGCUGGGCUUCAAGUCUGUCGCCAAGGGUUUAACAUGUUGAAUCUGUUGAUUCAUCGCAAAAAUUUGACUUAUUUACAUCUCGACUACAACUUCAAUUUGAAACCAGUGAAGACUCUGACGACAAAGGAGCGAAAGAAGUCCCGUUUUGGAAAUGCUUUCCAUCUAAUGCGGGAAAUCCUUCGCUUAACGAAGCUUAUCGUUGAUGCCCAGGUCCAAUAUCGUUUGGGUAAUAUCGAUGCUUUCCAACUUGCUGACGGCAUCCUCUAUGCUUUUAAUCAUGUUGGCCAACUGACGGGCAUGUACAGAUACAAGUACAAACUAAUGCACCAGAUCAGAUCAUGUAAAGACCUGAAGCAUCUCAUAUACUAUCGCUUCAACUCUGGUCCGGUUGGAAAAGGUCCGGGGUGCGGGUUCUGGGCACCUGCUUGGAGGGUUUGGUUAUUCUUCCUGAGAGGGAUUAUACCUCUCCUGGAGCGCUGGCUAGGAAAUUUACUCUCCCGUCAGUUUGAAGGGCGCCACAGCAAGGGUGUCGCAAAAACUGUUACGAAACAACGUGUUGAAUCCCAUUUCGAUCUUGAGCUUCGCGCUUCAGUCAUGGCAGAUCUUAUGGACAUGAUGCCUGAAGGCAUCAAACAAAAUAAGGUUAACACUGUUUUGCAACAUCUCUCGGAGGCCUGGCGAUGCUGGAAAAGUAAUAUCCCCUGGAAAGUCCCGGGGCUUCCUGCUCCUAUAGAGAAUAUUAUCUUAAGAUAUGUCAAAAGUAAGGCAGAUUGGUGGAUUUCUGUUGCUCAUUACAACCGGGAGCGUAUUCGGCGCGGAGCGACGGUUGAUAAGACUGUGGCUAAGAAAAAUCUCGGACGACUCACGCGACUCUGGCUCAAAGCUGAACAAGAGCGGCAGCACAACUACCUGAAAGAUGGCCCUUACGUCUCUUCUGAAGAAGCCGUUGCAAUUUACACUACCACGGUCCACUGGCUGGAAUCCCGAAAAUUCUCCCCUAUUCCGUUUCCUAGCGUAUCUUACAAGCAUGAUACGAAGAUUUUAAUUUUGGCUCUAGAGCGUUUGCGCGAAGCUUAUUCUGUUAAGGGCCGCUUAAAUCAAAGCCAACGGGAAGAACUUGCUCUCAUUGAACAAGCCUAUGAUUCUCCGGGUACAACUCUGGCGAGAAUUAAGAGAUUCCUUCUCACACAGCGAGCUUUCAAGGAAGUUGGUAUUGACAUGAACGACAACUAUUCAAACAUCAAUCCAGUGUACGAUAUCGAGCCCAUUGAGAAAAUCACUGAUGCGUACUUGGAUCAGUAUCUUUGGUAUCAAGCAGAUCAACGUCACCUAUUUCCGGCCUGGAUCAAACCGUCAGAUUCCGAGGUUCCCCCUCUUCUUACAUACAAAUGGGCUCAAGGCAUUAACAACCUUUCAAAUGUAUGGGAAACCGCCGAUGGUGAAUGUAAUGUUAUGAUUGAGACGGAGCUAUCUAAGGUUUAUGAGAAAAUUGACCUCACCUUACUCAAUCGACUUCUCCGUCUCAUUAUGGACCAUAAUUUGGCUGAUUACAUCACCUCGAAAAAUAACGUUCAGCUCAACUACAAGGACAUGAACCACACGAAUAGUUAUGGUAUGAUCCGUGGCCUUCAAUUCUCUGGUUUCGUCUUCCAGUAUUAUGGCCUCGUAAUCGAUUUGCUCUUGCUGGGCUUGCAACGAGCAAGCGAGAUUGCAGGCCCUCCCCAGAGUCCAAAUGAUUUCUUGCAGUUUAAAGAUCGGUCAACCGAAACUAGACAUCCUAUUCGCCUCUACACAAGAUAUAUUGACAAGAUUUGGGUGUUCUUGAGAUUCUCAGCCGAUGAAUCACGAGAUCUUAUUCAAAGGUUUUUGACCGAACAGCCAGACCCGAAUUUCGAGAACGUAAUCGGUUAUAGAAAUAAAAAAUGCUGGCCUAGGGACUCUCGAAUGCGGUUGAUGAGACAUGACGUUAAUUUGGGUCGUGCAGUUUUUUGGGAUCUGAAGAACCGCCUUCCGAGAUCCAUCACCACCAUUGAGUGGGAUGACACUUUUGCCAGUGUGUACAGCAAGGAUAAUCCAAAUAUGUUAUUUUCGAUGUGUGGUUUCGAGGUCCGCAUUUUACCGAAGAUCCGCAACCAAAAUGACGAGUUCCAAGUCAAGGACAGCGUCUGGUCGUUAGCGAAUAACACGACUAAAGAACGAACUGCAUAUGCGUUCCUGCAGGUCACGGAAGAGGAUAUCCAGAAGUUUAACAAUCGGAUCAGGCAAAUUUUAAUGUCUUCCGGCUCGACUACCUUUACAAAAAUUGCCAAUAAGUGGAAUACGAGUUUGAUCGCUCUGUUCACAUAUUAUCGAGAAGCAGCGGUAUCCACUGUUAACCUCUUGGACACAAUUGUUAAAUGCGAAACCAAAAUCCAAACCCGGGUUAAAAUUGGCCUGAACUCGAAAAUGCCGUCCCGCUUCCCCCCCGCCGUCUUCUACACCCCUAAAGAAUUGGGAGGCCUGGGGAUGAUUUCUGGUUCUCACAUACUUAUUCCGGCCAGCGACAAACGCUGGUGGAAGCAAACUGAUACUGGAGUCACCCACUACCGAGCGGGUAUGUCACACGAUGAGGAAACUUUGAUUCCUAACAUUUUUAGAUACAUAAUACCCUGGGAGGCGGAGUUUACCGACUCGCAACGGGUGUGGAUGGAGUACUCUCAAAAACGACAAGAGGCGAAUCAGCAAAAUCGUCGAUUGACACUUGAGGAUUUGGAAGACAGCUGGGACCGCGGCCUUCCACGUAUCAAUACUCUCUUCCAAAAAGACCGGAGCACUCUCAGUUUUGACAAAGGCUUCCGUACGCGAACCGAAUUCAAAGCCUAUCAACUGAUGAAGAGCAAUCCAUUCUGGUGGACAAGCCAGAGGCAUGACGGUAAAUUGUGGAACCUCAAUGCCUAUCGGACCGAUGUGAUUCAGGCCCUUGGGGGUGUUGAAACGAUCUUGGAACAUACUUUGUUCAAAGCUACAGCGUUUCCUUCGUGGGAGGGAUUGUUUUGGGAACGAGCCUGUCUUGCCAAGGGAACACAGUUGCUUCGGUACGAUGGUACCAAGGUUGGAGUCGAGAACGUUAGAGAAGGAGACCUUCUCCUUGGUCCCGAUGGCGAACCUCGGCGCGCUUUCAACAUUGUCAGUGGACGAGAUCGUCUGUAUCGCAUUAGUAUUGACGCUGACAAGGAAGACCUUGUUGUAACGCCAAACCAUAUUCUUGUUCUUCAUCAUGAAAAGGAAAACCAAAAGCGACAGAGCGAAUUGUCGGCUUCUGCGACAGAGCGCUACGAUACUGUGGAAAUGACAGCCGCCGAUUUUGCUGCUCUGGAUCCAGAAGAAAGGCGUUGGUACCGACUCUUUAGAUCCCCUGGCUUCGAGUUCGGCCAGCAAAACGUACCCAUAGACCCAUAUUUCGUUGGUUUUUGGUUAUGCGAUGGAAUUCGCGCGAGUACCACAAUCUAUACCAGUCCCGAAGAAGCAACCAGAGAGUUUAUCAUCAACCAUGCUGCUGAAUUGGACCUGCAACUUGCUUCGAAAGAAUAUAUGCAACACUCAGUCCGUCGUGUAGCCCGACAAACCAUCUUGGAGCAACGGCUCGCCGUUCAAUGCACAGCACCACAAGAAACUGACAGGACACUUCUCAGCCAUAUCUUGCAGAAAGCUGCGAAAAGUGGCCUAGCCUCCAGCACGCGAACCAUGUCAACCAGCCGAAAUCGCCAGCCUCUUUCCGAAACCUCAGCAGCAACUUCCAUGAAUAUUCUUCCCGGGUUUGCGUCUAAUUCGACUUCAGUCGUUUCCCCUGGUAUCCAUUCUCACGAAAUUCUGUCGUUGCGUAGCUCCUGUUCGCAGCUCGUGCAGAUAACGGAGAAGUCUGGGUUACGUGAAGAGUGCAUGAUUAACCCGCCGUCAUCGAGAGAGGAUCUCGGGCUCGAUUUAUUUGACACACAUAUUGAAGCCGAUGAAAUCCAGGGCCUGGAUGAAAACUUGACCGGACAGAAGCACCGCCUACGAACGGGCUGUCGAGCAUAUGGAGAUCUCACUGUCCAUGAGGAAGGACAAAUUCUUGAUAAUAUCAUUAGCCGACCUGUUGGCACUCCUGAUAUUGGUACGCUCCUUCGGGCUCUCGAAGAGUUGGGGUUACCUACAAAUCGCGCAGAAGGGCACGGAGUUGAAAAUAAACGCAUACCAUUUAUGUACAUGAAGAGUUCUCGAUCAAUCCGGCUAGCUCUUCUCGCGGGGCUGAUCGAUAGUGAUGGCUGGUACUGUCAACCUCAGAAUACGUUCUGUUUUGGCGAGAGUGAACGCAUUUCGCCUACUCUUUUCUGGGACAUCGUCACGUUAGCACGAUCAUUAGGUUUGAGUGUUUCUACAGAGCAGCAUACGAUGCGUAGCCCGGCUUGCACAGCAUAUAAACCCCGGUUUGUUGCCCAGAUAUCCGGAAAUGUAGCAGAAGUUACCUGCCUCCUCGCGCGAAAGGGAGGUGUCAAAAGUCCCGUUUCUCAGGCUCAUAGUUUCACUAUUAAGGGGAUUCAUCUUGAGUCGGAGAUGACGGAAUGGGCGGGCUUCAGAGUCGAUAAAGACCAGCUCUACCUGCGACACGACUUUCUUGUAUUACAUAACAGCGGAUUUGAAGAAUCUAUGAAAUUCAAGAAGUUGACCAACGCGCAGAGAUCAGGUUUGAAUCAGAUUCCUAACCGUCGCUUUACUCUGUGGUGGUCACCAACAAUUAAUCGUGCAAAUGUUUAUGUUGGUUUCCAGGUCCAGCUUGACUUGACUGGCAUAUUCCUACACGGGAAGAUCCCAACCUUGAAGAUUUCAUUGAUCCAAAUCUUCCGUGCCCACUUGUGGCAAAAGAUUCACGAGUCUGUCGUCAUGGAUCUCUGUCAAGUAUUCGACCAAGAAUUGGAGCAGUUAGGUAUCGAAACUGUUCAGAAAGAAACUAUCCACCCCAGGAAAUCUUAUAAAAUGAAUAGCUCAUGUGCCGAUAUUCUGUUAUUCGCCACCCACAAGUGGAAUGUCACUAGACCGUCUCUUCUUUUUGACACCAAGGAUGUGAUUGAACCCACUACGACGAAUAAAUUCUGGUUAGAUGUACAACUGCGUUACGGUGACUAUGAUUCUCAUGAUAUCGAGAGGUACGUUCGUGCCAAGUACCUCGAUUACACGACGGAUAGCAUGAGCAUAUACCCAUCCGCAACUGGCCUAAUGAUUGGUAUCGACCUGGCGUAUAACCUAUACUCGGCCUAUGGUCAAUACUUCCCUGGUUUGAAGGCUCUGGUGCAGCAAGCUAUGGCAAAGAUCAUGAAGGCAAAUCCGGCCUUGUACGUACUAAGAGAACGUAUUCGGAAAGGCCUCCAGCUUUAUGCCUCAGAAAGCAACCAGGAAUUCUUGAAUUCCCAAAAUUAUUCCGAAUUGUUUAGUAACCAAAUUCAGCUUUUUAUUGAUGACACUAAUGUCUACCGUGUCACAAUUCAUAAAACAUUCGAGGGUAAUUUGACGACAAAACCAAUCAAUGGUGCGAUUUUCAUAUUCAAUCCGCGCACUGGACAGCUGUUCCUGAAAAUCAUCCACACUAGUGUCUGGGCGGGCCAAAAGCGUCUCGGUCAAUUAGCCAAAUGGAAAACGGCAGAGGAAGUUGCCGCACUUAUCAGAUCUCUGCCGGUUGAAGAACAACCGAAGCAACUGAUAGUCACAAGAAAGGGUCUCCUCGAUCCACUCGAGGUUCAUUUGCUAGAUUUCCCCAAUAUCUCCAUCAGAGCGUCUGAGCUUCAGCUACCUUUCCAAGCUGCGAUGAAGGUCGAGAAGCUUGCGGACAUGAUUUUGCGCGCGACUGAACCGCAAAUGGUUCUUUUCAACCUCUAUGAUGAGUGGCUGAAGACAAUAUCGUCAUACACUGCAUUUUCCCGGCUUAUUCUAAUACUUCGAGCUCUCCAUGUGAAUCCUGAGAAAACGAAAAUCCUUCUUCGUCCAGAUAAGACAGUCAUUACCCAAGAACACCAUAUCUGGCCCACGCUGUCAGAUGAGGAUUGGAUCAAGGUUGAAGUCCAGCUCCGUGACUUGAUUCUGAAUGACUACGGCAAAAAGAACAACGUUAACACUCAAAGUUUGACUAGCAGCGAAGUUCGUGAUAUUAUUCUUGGAAUGGAGAUUAGUGCGCCGUCCAUGCAGCGACAGCAGGCUGCGGAAAUUGAAAAACAGCAGGAGGAACAGAAGCAGCUCACAGCGGUCACAACCAAAACUCAAAACGUCCGAGGAGAAGAGAUAGUUGUUAACGACUACUUCCCAACCGAGUGGAGGACUCGGGCUAUUGCGACAUCAAAUCUUCGAACCCGGGCCAACAACAUCUAUAUUUCUUCUGACGAUAUCCAAGAGGAGGGACACUACACGUAUAUCAUGCCAAAGAAUAUCUUAAAGCGGUUUAUCACAAUCGCAGAUCUUCGAGUGCAGGUUGCUGGAUAUUUAUAUGGUGGGUCACCGCCUGACAAUGAUCAAGUUAAGGAGAUCCGGACGAUCGUGAUGAUCCCACAAGUUGGAAAUACUCGUGAUAUACAAUUACCACAUCAACUCCCCCAGCAUGAAUAUCUCAGUUCUCUUGAGCCUCUUGGAGUUAUUCAUACGCUCUCUGGAAACGAACCAUCGUAUAUGACAGCGAUGGAUGUUACGCAGCAUGCGCGCCUCAUGAAUGCGCACUCCUCCUGGGACAAGAAAACUGUGACUAUGACUGUAUCGUUCACCCCAGGUUCUGUGUCGUUGAGCGCGUGGGCAUUGACACCCCAGGGUUAUAAAUGGGGGGCUGAAAAUAAGGACACAUCCUCUGAUCAACCUCAAGGUUACUCAACCAGCAUGGGAGAAAAAUGUCAGCUUUUGCUCAGUGACAAAAUACGCGGUUACUUUUUAGUUCCGGAGAACAACGUCUGGAACUACAGCUUUAUGGGCAGUUCUUUCAGUAGCUUAGAAAAGCGACCCAUAUAUGUGAAGAUUGAUACCCCAUUACGCUUCUAUGAUGACCAACACCGCCCCCUACAUUUCCAAAAUUUUGCCGAGUUAGAGGAUAUCUGGGUUGAUAGAGUCGAUAACUUUGCAUGAUCAUGCCGAGUCUCCUGCUCUCAUCGACUUAUGUGUUAAAUAGAAGGCCUUUAUUAAUUUCCUACUUGUACCUGCUGUUUCAUUGGCGAGUGGUCCGUUAAUUUGUUUUUGUUACUUUUAUUCUUUGACUUUUCAAUUUGCGCUUGUUUUGUAUGCAUAUGUACUGUACGUUACCACAAAUAAACCAUGUUCUGCACUGUAUGAGAAAAGUCCCGCCUAGAAAGAAUAAUGCCAUUGUAACUUAAAAU